UGUUUUUUUUGGUCAUCCCAAUCCUAUGUUCUUCUUUCUCUUUAGGCUUACCACAUACUCUUCUCUUCCUUACCAAAAAAAAAAACAAAUACAAUUUCAGGCAUCAAAAAAAUAAAUAUACAUAACAACGAAUAGACAACAAUUGUAGGGAAUUGCAAACUAAGUAGGCAUUCCAUCUACUGAAAUCUGAAACUUUCCAAAUUGGAAAAGAACAAGAAGAGAACAGAGGGCAUAUAGAGGAGGAAGAAGAAUAGGCCCUCGGAUUCUAGUACCUCGUACUACUGCCUCCUCUCCGGAUCUCACUGAUUCUUGUCGAAUCGACAAAUUUUUGAUCUGGUAAAAUGCAAUCUGAUCUUGGAAAGUUAUUCAUUGGUGGGAUUUCAUGGGACACAACUGAAGAGCAUCUCAAGGAGUAUUUUAGUGCUUAUGGAGAGGUUUUGGAAGCUGUAAUUAUGAAGGAUAGGACUACUGGGCGUGCCCGUGGUUUUGGUUUUAUAGUGUUUGCUGAUCCUACUGUUGCUGAAAGAGUUAUUAAGGAGAAACACAACAUUGAUGGUAGGAUGGUUGAGGCAAAGAAGGCUGUUCCUAGGGAUGAUCAGAGCACAAUGAGCCGAAGCAGUAACAGCAUUCAAGGGUCUCCUGGUCCAAGACGCACAAGAAAAAUAUUUGUUGGUGGCCUAGCAUCCACUGUUACAGAAAGUGACUUCAAGAAGUAUUUUGAACAAUUUGGAACGAUCACAGAUGUAGUGGUAAUGUAUGAUCACAACACUCAGCGGCCAAGAGGCUUUGGAUUCAUAACUUAUGAUUCUGAGGAUGCUGUGGACAAAGUAUUGCUGAAGACUUUUCAUGAGCUGAAUGGCAAAAUGGUUGAGGUCAAGCGUGCAGUUCCCAAGGAGUUAUCUCCUGGUCCUAGCCGAAGUCCACUGGGUGGAUACAACUAUGGAUUAAGUAGGAUCAAUAACUUUCUUAAUAGCUAUACACAAGCAUACUCUCCAAAUGCAGUUGGAGGGUAUGGAGUCAGGAUGGAUAAUAGGUUCAGCCCUAUGGUUGGUGGUAGAAGUAACUUUGCUCCAUUUGCCUCUGGUUAUGGAAUGGGCCUCAACUUUGAACCUGGAUUGAGCCCGGGAUAUGGAGGAAGUGCAAAUUUCAAUACUACUUUGAACUAUGGGCGUGGACCAUAUUAUGUUAAUAACUCGAGUAGGUUUGGUGGUCUUGUUGGACUUGAUGGUGGAAAUGGAGGAAACUCUUCAUUUUUUAGUUCAACUCGGGAUUUGUGGGGUAAUGGGGGAUUGAACUAUGGAACCAACUCUACAAACUCAAGCAAUUUUGGGGGAUCUGGGAAUGGUAACCUCGGAGGGGGAGCGAUGAACAACAGAGGAGUUUGGGGUUCAUCUACUUAUUCUGCACAAGGCGGCGGAGGAAAUGUUUCUGGCCAAAGUGGAAACCUUGGUUAUGGAAGCGCUGAUAACUCUUAUGGUUUGACUGGAGGAACAUAUGGUAGAAAUGUUGCAAUGAGUGGCGGUCCUACAUCAUCAUAUGCUGCAUCCAAUGGUAGCUAUGAGAGGUCUUUUGCUGAUUUUUAUGACAAUGACUUCAAGUAUACUGAUCCGACUUGGGGUUCUGCAAAUUCAGAGCGAGAUGGAUCUGGUUCAUUUGGUUAUGGUCCAGGCAACACACCCUCUGAGAUGCCUGCUCAAAGCGCUGCAGGUUCUGUUUGUAGUUAUGGUGUUACAAAUAGACAGAAUAGCCGAGGUAUCUAGGAAAUUUUUGCAAUCAGGAUUUAAUGCUUGACAAAGCCUUCUUGUAGCAGUGAACCGUGAAUUUUGCAUACUUCCAUAGUAUAUUUAAGUUCAGUGAUUAAAUAGUUGGGAAUCUUUCCAAGAGCUGACUGGAUUGCCUGUUUUAAAGGACGACUAGAUCGAGAUAGUAAGUUUUCAUGAUAUUUUUUGUGUUAACCAGUUGAGUUUUAUUUAGGAGUUCCAUUUUUGUCAAGAGUGAGGUGUAAAAUCAGAUUGCGGCAUAUAGUCAGAAAUGUAUCUUUGCAUCUCCGGUGAGGCAGUGAUACAUAAGAAACAAUAGACUAGAAUUUUUCUAGUAAAAUUUAUUAGUUUGUGCUUUUUGUCUUUUUCGCUGUAAUGACUGCAAAGUUGCAGAUUUCUAAAUGUUCUGCUUUAUGGUCCAAUUGUGGAUGGGGCUUUUGUUUCUCGUUUGAAUGUACGGGAGGUUGUUGAUCUGGUUUGAUGCAAUUUACCGAUACCCACUUAGGGUUCCCCGUAAAUAAGUUCCCAUGUUUUCUGAUCAUACUUUUAGACCUUGUUAAGGCAGAUACCCUAUAUUAAUGGCAAUUUGUUUCGUGUUGAAUUUUCA